AUGGCCGCAACUCAAUUCCUGUCGUUUAAUCCUUUCAGCACAAUGGGAAACCAAUGUGUCGACCCGGAUAUGGAUGCCUUCAUCGACAUGAACAUGACCUCUCCGGGUCCAUCAUCGUCAAGUCACCAGCAACCGAUUCCCAUGUCCCGUGCGCAGUCGAGUAUACCAAGCCCACUGCUUGACAUCGCUGAAGAGCCGCAACAAACGCCUGCCAAGCCGGCCCAUGACUAUGACCAGUUCAAGCAACAAGUCGGUUUGCCAGCCGGCUCCAUGGCCCACUUCCGGACAAUCGAUCAGUCAAGCCAAACUGGUCUCGAUACGUUCGACUUUGAGGGCCUGGAAGAGGCCAACUUCGCCUUCGACGGCAUGGGCUCGGGCAUGAAUAUGGGCGGCGACACCAACAUGAAGUUCGAACUCGAAACUCCGACCAACGAUCUCCCUGCCUUCUUCUUCCCCAACAACAGCUUUAUCAACCCAAGUAACCUGCAACAGGAGCAGCGGCCGGCCCGUUAUUUUCCCGGCAUGCAUCAGCAGGAAGCGCUCGCCAAGGCACAGGCACAGGCGGCUCAACAGAAAGACUCGCCGGAGCAGAAUUCGAAGGGUUCCGCCGGAAAGGGCAAGCAACCAGUGGAUGCUCGAAGUGAAGAGGCCAUCGCUCGUGUCAUCAAUCAGAUCCGCCGGAACAGCUCCAACACUUCUGGUGAGGACGGGUCGCCUCAAUCGAAUGGCUCGAAUAUCUUCCGCAACAAGAAAGAGGAGGAUGAGAUGGACGAGGACGAACGUCUCCUCGCCAGUGAAGAAGGCAAGAAGCUCAGCAGUAAAGAACGUCGACAGCUUCGCAACAAGGUGUCUGCUCGUGCGUUCCGCUCGAGGAGAAAGGAAUACAUCGGUCAAUUGGAGUCCGAAAUCACUGCCAAGACGAACGAGGCCGCCGACCUUAAGCGCCGCAACGCCGAUCUCGUCGCCGAAAACACUCGGUCGCGUAACUUCAUCGACUUGGUCCUCCGCCAUCCCGCCUUCCAGGACUUCCUCGAAGACCUCUCCCGCGACCCCACCCUGUCGGACACCCUUCCGAACAUGCAAAACCUCGCCCCCACCGCCCAAACCCAGCAAGCAUCCGCUCCCGCCCCCGCUCCCCAGCAAAAGGAUGUGGAUCCCUUCCAGGCAUCCCAGAUGCUCGAGCAGUCCGAGGAAGCCCCCAUCGUCGGCAUGGCCACGAUCCCAGAACACACUCUCGACAUCUCCGCUCUGAACCUCAACGGCAACCAUGCCGGCAACUGGACCCUUCCGAACCUCGGAUUCGGCUUCCAAAUCCCGAACGUGUACUCCGUCCUCGACCUCCCUGUCGGCCCCGCCCAGCCGCUGAACGCCGACGCGCUCUCCGGCAAGGGCACUGGUUCCAUGCUCAACCACUUCGCCGCCGAGGACGACGAGACGAAGCCGGCGCAUCCCGUGAUCGAGCAUCCGGUCACUGAACCCGCUGCGAAGACUCCGAUCGAAGACGAUGCGGACAUCGCUGAGGAUCCCGCUUUCGCUCUCUAUGUCAACCCACCCGUCACCACGCCUGCCCCGUCGUCCACACUGUCGCCCAUCGCUCCCAUCACGUCCGAGAAAGACUCACAGUUCGAACUCGUCGUCCGGAUGUCGAGCGACGAGGACCUGACCGCACGGCUAGAGCGGAUGUGUGCGGCCAUCGAUCCCCUCUCCCACCGGAUCGAGGCGUGGACGUCGAGUUUGAUUUAA